AUGACCGGCAUAGGGGCUUCACCCAUCAAACCUUCUGGGAGAAUCAUUGACAUUCUACACGCAAACAGUCACUGCGAUGGGUGCGUCAUCUCCUUUGCAUAUACCAAUGUCGACUUCACGAAUCCUAUAGGAGACCUCGUCGCUUAUGGACGCGCGUCCUUUCGCCAGCUUCUUUAA